CUUCCAAGUUGGUAUAUAAUUCUUCAAAGCUCCUGUCCUCAACCCAGUCUCAAGUGAAGAUUCCUUCUCCUUCUUGUUCUCUGUCCCAUCUCUCUACAUCCAGCUACUCUUCAGCUACAGACGAUAUCCACAACGCCGCAUAAGCUUAAUCUAGCUUUGCUUGCCAGACUUGCUUGCCCCAAAUUCCUCUCAACGCUCGUCGUCAUUGCAUAUCCAAAGCGUCCAUCUUUGUUUUCAUUCCCGGAUCUCAUCAUCCCCGCACCGUUCUUAUCAACUCCGAGCCGUGGUCCCCUCUCCAGUCUACAAGCUUCAACAUAAGCCAUAAAAAAACCACGAUCAACGACACGAUGGCCCGCCUUUCUGCUGCCCGCUAUGGCAAGGACAAUGUCCGCGUCUACAAGGUCCACAAGGAUGAGAAGACUGGCCAGCAGUCGGUCACCGAGAUGACCGUCUGCUGCCUUCUCGAGGGCGAGAUCGACACCUCGUAUACCCAGGCCGAUAACAGCGUUAUUGUCGCUACCGACUCCAUCAAGAACACCAUCUACAUCAAGGCCAAGGAGCACCCUGUCAACCCUCCCGAGCUGUACGCCAGUAUCCUAGGCCAGCACUUUCUCGACAAGUAUGCCCACAUCAACGCCGCCCACAUCGACGUGACCGUCCACCGCUGGACGCGCAUGGUCAUUGACGGCCAGCCCCACCCCCACAGCUUCCUGCGCGACGGCCAGGAGACCCGCAACGUCGAGGCCACUGUCACUCGGGACGGCAUCACCAUCAAGAGCGGCAUCGUCGGCCUCCAGGUGCUCAAGAGCACUGGAUCCGCCUUUCACGGCUUCGUCCGUGACGAGUUCACGACCCUCAAGGAGACGUGGGACCGCAUUCUCUCCACCGACGUGGACGCCGGAUGGACUUGGAAGAAGUUUGCCAACCUGGCGGCUGUUCAGGACGGUGUUGAGCGCUUCGACGCUGCGUGGGAGGCUGCCCGUAACAUCACGCUCAAGACGUUUGCGGAAGACGAGUCGGCGUCGGUACAGAACACCAUGUACAAGAUGUGCGAGCAGAUCUUGGAUGUGGUGCCCGAGACGGAGAAGACCAACUAUUCGCUACCCAACAAGCACUACUUUGAAGUUGAUCUCAGUUGGCACAAGGGUCUCCAGAACACCGGCAAGGACGCCGAGGUGUACGCUCCCCAGUCUGGUCCCAACGGUCUCAUCAAAUGCGAGGUCUCUCGCUCGUAGGACUGUUGAACUUUGUUUUUAAAACGUCACACAUGUUUCUUUGACUUUCUUCUAUGAUAUCACCAUUUUUUUGCAUUCCCCCUCACGUUGCGAGGGGUUGGUUGGCGGGCAGGCGUACAUUUUGAAGGUGGAAAGAUGAUGAUACCUUGAUGCAACGGAUCAUCAUAAGACGGAGGCUAUGGACAUCUUGACCGGGGCUAAUUUUCAGGGGUAACCAAAUAAACUUCCUCUUAUGAAC